AUGGAGCCCCGUGCACUGCUGCUCUUCUUGUCCGCGUGCUGCCUGCUGCCCGUGGCGCGCGCUCUGCUGGGCUUCAGACCGGAGGCCACAGGAGCAGAUCUGUCGGUGGAGGACGGCGUGCUUGUGUCGGCGGAGGGCAGUCGCUUCUUGCUGCGGGUGUACUUCUCUCUGCCACCGCCCGGAGCUGCCGCGCGGAACCGCAGCGCCGCGCCCUGGAUCGCUUUUGUGGAGGAACCGGCCCCGGGGCGAGAGCGUCAGGCGCAUCCAAAGCGGAACCUGUGCGUUGACCGCGCGGCGAGAACAUCCGACAUCGAGGUCCUGGGCUCGUUCCGCUCAGCAUCCAGCCACAACUCUGUGCUCGUGGAGCUGUGGGCCAAAGAGCUGCGCCGUGGUGAGCACAUCAAGUACUACUCCACGUGCGCCUUUGACGGGGCGCGCUGGGAGCACUAUCGCACACGGGACUUCUGGGUGGCAGUCCGGGAGCGCUCGGCGACCCCCGGAUUGUGGCUGCAGUUGCUCGUGAGCGCGCUAUUGCUCGCGCUGUCGGCACUUUUUAGUGGCCUGAACUUGAGCCUCCUCGCGUUGGACCCAGUGGAGCUGCAGGUGCUGCAGAACAGCGGCACGAGCUCAGAGCAGAACUAUGCGCGGCAGAUUGAGUCUGUGCGUCGCCACGGUAACUACGUGCUAUGCACGUUAUUGCUUGGUAACGCCGUUAUCAACGCAGCUUUGGCCGUGUGCACGUGCCAGAUUCUGGGCAUGACCUGGAUGUCCACGCUGCUCUGUGCUUUUGCCAUCUUCUUUGUAGGAGAAAUCUUGCCACAGUCCGUGGCCUCGCGCCAUGGCCUCGCGAUCGCCUCCAAAACCAUCUGGGUCACACGCCUGCUCAUGGUGCUGUCGUUCCCAGUCUCGUACCCCAUCAGCAAACUGCUGGACCUCGUGCUAAAUCAGGAGAUCUCAAACUUCUACACGCGGGAGAAGCUCUUGGAGAUGCUGCGCGUGACGGACCCGUACCACGAUCUUGUGAAGGAGGAACUGAACAUCAUCCAGGGCGCACUGGAGUUGCGCACGAAGACCGUGGAGGAUGUCCUGACGCCGCUGCAGGACUGCUUCAUGCUGAGCGCGGACGUGCUCCUGGACUUUGGGACCAUGUCCGAGAUCAUGCAGAGCGGGUACACGCGCAUCCCCGUGUACGAAAACACGCGCUCCAACAUCGUGGACAUCCUGUUCGUCAAAGACCUGGCCUUCGUGGACCCGGACGACUGCACUCCGCUCAAAACCAUCACACAGUUCUAUAAGCACCCACUGCACUGCGUCUUCAACGACACCAAACUGGACGCCAUGUUGGAAGAGUUCAAGAAAGGGAAGUCCCACUUGGCCAUAGUGCAGCGCGUGAAUAAUGAAGGAGAAGGAGAUCCAUUCUACGAAGUGAUGGGGAUUGUGACUCUGGAGGAUGUCAUUGAAGAAAUCAUCAAGUCUGAGAUUCUGGACGAGACAGACCUCUACACGGACAAUCGCACAAAGCGCCGUGUCUCACACCAUGAGAGAAAGCAGCAGGAUUUUUCCAUUUUCAAACUGAAUGAAAAUGAGAUGAAGGUGAAGAUCUCUCCUCAGCUGCUCCUGGCCACGCACCGCUUCCUCUCCACAGAGGUGGAGCCGUUCAAAUCGUCUCACAUCUCAGAGAAGAUCCUACUGCUUCUAAUCAAACACCCCAGUGUGCUCCAGGAACUGAAAUUUGAUGAGAAAAACAAAAGAGCUCCUCAGCAUUUUUUGUUCCAGAGAAAUAAACCUGUGGACUACUUCAUCCUUGUUCUGCAGGGUCGUGUUGAGGUGGAAUUUGGAAAAGAGGCCUUAAAGUUUGAAAACGGUGCCUUCUCGUAUUUUGGUGUUCCUGCAAUAAUGCCAACAGUCCACAGAUCCCCCUCACGUAGCAGUGGAUUGGACCGGUCUGACUCCAUGCUUUAUGGGGGCAGUAUGGGACAGCUGAACGGAGGGUCAAACCUGUACUUACCUGACUACUCCGUCAGACAACUCACACAUCUCCAGAUCAUCAAGAUCAGCCGCAGUCACUAUCAGGAUGCGGUAACUGCUUCUCGGAUGGAUAGUUCCCCCCAAAGUCCAGACCCAGAAGGACGCCCCACAGAUGGGACCGGCCUGACUCCAGAUGCCCCGCCCACAGAUCAGAUGAACAGGCUCCUCCCACCAGACCACGCUGCUCUCAUGCCGCCACCACGGGAACCAGGGCGCCCAAGCUCCGCUCGCACGCGCUCAGUACAGGCCACUUCCACACACUGCACCUCUCUGCUUAACGAGAAGAACCGCAUUGUUCGCAGUAAGUCAGACGGCCAGAGGAGUCCCAGUGAUUCUGUAUUUUUGAGGAUGGAUGAUAUCCCGUACAUCCGAGAGGACCGCACAGAGACAGACACUAACCCUGACCUGGUUUCCGGCCUGGACUCUGACACGUCUCCGUUCCUCAGCAGCAGUGGUCUCUCUAUGAGCGGGUCUGAGGAUACUCUGGGGAAGAAACUCCUGCUCAAACUGAGUCACAAAAAGAGGAAAAGGUCUCGCGAAGGAGAGAGGACUCCAGAGGACAUCUCAGAGCAGCCUCUAGUCGAGACUUGA